GAAACAGCUAAGAAGCACACUAGGAUAAGUCUAAUUCGACCGGCGAAUAAGAAUUCGUCCUCUCUACCCAACACGAGCCCGAUCCACUCUCGGUCUUUGCAGAUAAUCGCAAAACCCGCUUUAAGAAGCUUCUCAACCACCCAUCAUCGUCACUAUCUCAGCGAACCAACCCGCGGACACAACUAAGCUGGGACACAAUGAGAAUCAGCCAGAAACAACCAGAAAUAACCCUAUACCGCGGCUUCCCCGGCACGGGUAUCUACACAUGGUCACCCUUCGUCACGAAACUUGAAGUCCGGCUUCGGUUUAGAGGACUAUCUUAUCGCACUGAAAGUGGGUCUGUGCGUGCGGCGCCACGGGGGAAAGUGCCGUAUGUUACUGUAUGCGAUGAAGACAAAUCCGGGACGGACCAUGUUCGGACAAUGUCUGAUUCGGAUCUCAUCAUACAAAAUUUUGUCAAUGAUGGUAUCCUUCCGGACCUAAAUGGCGAUUUGACCGUUCAGGACAAGGUUCUUGACUCGGGGAUUAGAGCGUUGUUGGAAGACAAACUGUACUUUUUGCAGGGUUAUGAAAAAUGGAUUGACAAUUACUAUUCCAUGCGGGAACAUAUCCUAGCCUCACUGCCGUAUCCUCUCCGAGUCAUCGUGGGACAUCUCAUCUACCGGAAACAGUGUCAGACGUUGCACGGGCAAGGGACAUUACGCUAUUCGGCAGAAGAACGGAGUGCAUUUAAGAAACAGAUAUGGGAGGAUAUUAACGCCUUAUUAGAGGACUCUAGGUUACAGAGUGAUCGGAAGGGAACAUAUUGGGUGCUUGGGGGUCAGCAUCCGACUGAGGCUGAUGCUACGCUGUUUGGGUUCAUUGUUGGGGCUUUGAUCUGUACCGCAUGUCCUGAAACGCAGGCGAUCGUGAGAGGGUUACCAGUUCUGGUAGACUAUGCGCAUAGGAUUCAUGAUCGGUAUUUUCCUGAUUAUGAGCUUUGGGCGGAGGACUAGUUUCAACCCUGUUCUUGAUUGUAUCUUUAAUUGGAAGUUGUGUCAACACAUGCCACAUGUUAUUGAAUGCGUUGGGGACAAGUGGAUUGACCAGGGAUAACAAGGAAAUGUGAUCUGGAACCCUUUUCGCUGCUCGAGACACGGCAUGUGUGGGAUCUAGAUCAUUCUGGAAACACCAAUACGAUAAAAAUAACCCGCGGAUUGAAUUAACUAGAUAACCUGCUAGACGCCAUGAACAUUACGG